UGUUGUGUGAAUUCUGUAAAGAAAAAGUUCGUUUAGUGUUAUACUUCAACUCGGUGCUUAAGCAAUAGGAGGGAGAGCUUAAACGUGAGAUCAUCGAUUUCAAGGAAUAUACAAACAAGUUUACACAUCUCAAUUGGCUAUGACGAUGCGUUCGAGCACUGGUUCGGAGAGGUCUUCGAGUCAACUUUCAAUAUAUGAUUAUCCAGAGCAUUUGAAUCCAUUUGCCGAUGAUGACAAUCACAAGCGUUUGCGAUUUUGGAGUUUAUCAAAACGCGGCGAUAACAGACGGCGAAGUUUUUCGGUUGGAAACUUAAAAGAGUUGUGGCCUCUCAAAACUUUUUCAUUAAGAAAAAAGAAGUCAUCGACUUUGGGUAUACAGAAGACAUCAGAAAGCCCUCCAGUUUUACGUCGGAGUUUAGAACCAAACUCUCUGUACCCAGGAGACCAGGCGUUCAGAAGACAAUAUACGAAUUCCUUGCAGAAUAUCAAUACACCAAGAGGUCUAAGAUCGAGCGGUACAAACUUUAGUCCCGUUCACAAUCCCCAUCAACGGUCAACAAUAAGUGAAGGGUAUUUAACGCCGUUAAGUCAGCGAUACCAUCCAACCAGAUCUUCACAGACCAGUUUAGUGAGUUCAAAUCCAUUUGAAAGUGAUAUAGAGUCGGAUGCGACCGACAUUGGAAGUGUUUCACUUGGCGGAGUCCGCAAAUCCUAUCGCAAAAAGAGAAGAGCACCUUUAGCACCAACUAAGGAGAUGCUGAGUAAGACGUCGACUCCCGUAAAUGGAAAACAAGAGGAUAGUGAAUUGAAAGUUGAGCAAAAUAAAGCGAUUCGAUCCCUUGCCGAUGAAAUAGAACAAUUUGUAAAUAAUAGUAAUGAGACUUCCACUGAUCCAAUCCCAACAGUCGUAGUGGAGUCCCCCUCUCCUCGCCCCGAAAGUCCUCAAACUACAAACAACAACUCAGAACCGCCAAUAUUCGCCAAAGUUCGAAUCCCAAGCAAAUCUACAGAAAGUGAUACAAGUUUGCAGGAGGAUACGAUAACAAUAACGACUGUUACUUGUUCUUCAACGAUCGAUCCCGUGACAGAAAUUAAAACUGUGCAAAUAGAUAAAUUGAAUAGUAAUUUAGAUCAAAACACAAAGUCCCCUGUAGCCGAAAGUCCAAAAAUUGAACGAAAAUUUUCCGGCAAAAAGAUUCCACCUAAACCGCCAGUUCGUAGUCAUUUUACAAAAUCUGAAAAUAAGUUGCAAAAUAUAGAACGUACGUCCUCAAGCAAACCCGUUACGGACACUACACGAGUUGAUGAACCGAGUAGCAGUUCAGUAAAAAAUCAUAGAAACCUCUUUUGUCUCAAAAACUCCAAAUAGUGAGCCAAAGAUUUUGGAAAAAACUAGU